AUGGUUUACAUUGAAUCGAAGAACGAGUGCAAAAAAAUAAACGCCGAUUUAAAAUAUGAAGCGAUGACCUUUUUAAAAAUAUUAGAAAUUUCGGCGUCGAAUAGGAGUAUCACCUACAACAUGUUUUUGAGAGCAGAAGAAAUCCUAUUGGAUUACAACUUCAAGAGAAAGAAGGAUCACGUUUUAACUCUGUACGAUACGGCAAAAAAAGCAAACUAUAUUGUUAAAGGAAUGAAAAAUUUCAUUACAAGAGAAAUCAAUUCUUUCCAGAAUAUAAAACAGAACAUUGAAACAUGCAUUGAACUGUUCGACGAAAUAGGAGCUCGAAUUGGUGGAGAGAACAAAAUCGAACAUCUAGUGAAAACAGGCAAGUACGAUGAAAUUGUCAACGUGUUUGAUGUGUAUUUUAACACGGUUGAUACUGCGUACAUACUUUGGAAAGAAAAACGUGAAAAGAAGGAUGUCAUAAUAAUCCAAUAG